ACUAAGUCCCAUGGGAACAACGUCACUCCCCUCGGCAUAUCAACCACAGCCCGCUGUAUGCGCCUAGCAGAGCACCACAGAGGACGUCAGGAUCGCAUCCAUCCUCAACGCGAAAUGCUUUGCGAACAGAAUAUAACUCGAGCAAUCCCCCCCCGAUUCCGUGCGUUUCGGCGAAGAGGCAUUCACAUGCUCCGGCAUACAAGCGGGCUGAAGAACUCCUCGGAGAAGUGGGAAGGCAAAUUCUAGGUGGAGAGUGUCGAGCAUGGUCUCUGGUAAAGAGAACGUCACAAAGAGCCAACAUCUGUAACUUUGGGAUUUACUUGUAAAGGCGCUUUUUACUGGAGAUCGUGGGAUAUUCUUUUUGUAAACAUGCCUGUCAGAAGAGGUCACGUUGCGCCACAAAACACAUUCCUUGGAAUGAUUAUUAGGAAAUUCGAGGGAGAGAACCGGAAAUUUGUGAUAGCCAACGCCAGGGUGGAGAACUGUGCAAUUAUAUACUGCAACGACGGUUUCUGUGAGAUGACGGGCUUCUCGAGACCGGACAUCAUGCAGAAGCCAUGCACCUGCGACUUCCUCCACGGCAACCUGACGGACAAGGAGGCCAUAAGCCAGGUAGCCCAGGCUGUGUUUGGGUCCGAGGAGCGCAAGGUGGAGAUCACCUACUACCGUAAGGAUGGGUCUGACUUCCAGUGUAACAUUCAUGUCAUCCCUGUGAAAAAUGAAGAGGGCGUGGUGAUGAUGUUUAUCUUAAAUUUUGAUUUCAUCGCGGAUGAGGAAAGUGACCACUCCACAGAGAAGAUAAGCCCAACGUCCCCUACAAAGUCAGAUCAAAGGAGAAGUAGAUUCUUCCGCUUCCGCCAUGCUGCUUUGAGCCUAAUGAAUACCAAACAAUCUCUUCCGCAAGAGGACCCAGAUGCUGUGAUGGUGGACCCGCCCAAAGAGAAUGAGGGCUCAGUAGCCCUGCGGAGCUUCCCUUCACCUACCAAGAGCAUUUGCAGUCCCAUUGAGACCAAUGACACGCAUGGCCUCAUAGGCUCAAGCCACCACUCUUCCCAGGCUAGCGUCGGCCCUGAACCACUUGGACAUUCAUCCCCUAAACACAUCUGGGAGAAGCUGUACCAAACAGGGCCUCACCAAUCUUCCACCACCCUCUCAAACACCUUCCCCAGAGGCAGCAUCAACAGCAUGAGGCGAGCCUCAUCUGUCCAUGAAAUGGAGGUCUACAGUUCAAAUUCCAAAAGCCUAUUCAAGGAUCGUCAUACCAGUGACGGCGCUUUUAAUCAUGUGAAGUCCAGCCUGCUUGGCUCUACCUCUGAUUCUAACAUCAAUAGGUAUAGCACCAUCCACAAGAUCCCUCUGAUUGCACUCAACUUCUCUGAGGGGACUGAUAAGAAGGCUCAUUCUCCGCCAACACCCGAGACAACCAUCAUAGCACCGAAGGUCAAAGACAGAACCCACAAUGUCACAGAAAAAGUCACGCAGGUCCUGUCCCUCGGAGCUGAUGUCCUACCAGAGUACAAACUCCAGACAGCCCGCAUUGACAAGUUCACCAUCCUUCACUACAGCCCCUUCAAAGCUGUGUGGGACUGGCUGAUCCUGCUGCUGGUCAUCUACACAGCAAUCCUCACUCCCUACUCUGCUGCUUUUCUUCUCAAUGACACAGAGGAACAGAAGAGGCGGGAAUGUGGAUACUCCUGCAGCCCUCUUAAUGUAGUGGAUUUAAUGGUGGACAUCAUGUUCAUCAUCGACAUCCUCAUCAACUUCAGGACCACUUACGUAAACGUGAACGAGGAGGUCGUCAGCGAUCCAGCUAAGAUUGCAAUCCAUUACUUUAAAGGCUGGUUCCUUAUAGACAUGGUGGCGGCAAUCCCCUUUGACCUUCUUAUCUUUGGCUCAGGAUCAGAUGAGACCACCACUCUGAUUGGCCUGCUGAAGACAGCUAGGCUCCUGCGUUUGGUGCGUGUAGCGAGGAAGCUGGACCGCUACUCUGAGUACGGUGCGGCAGUCCUCAUGCUGCUCAUGUGCAUCUUCGCCCUCAUUGCCCACUGGCUAGCCUGUAUAUGGUACGCCAUUGGCAACGUGGAGAAGCCCUACUUGGAGCACAAGAUUGGCUGGCUAGACAAUCUGGGCGUGUCUAUAGGAAAGAGAUACAACUACAGCGACCCGAACUCUGGUCCCUCUAUCAAGGACAAGUAUGUCACAGCACUUUACUUCACCUUCAGCAGUCUGACCAGCGUGGGCUUCGGAAAUGUUUCCCCAAACACCAACUCAGAGAAGAUCUUUUCCAUCUGUGUCAUGUUGAUUGGCUCCCUCAUGUAUGCCAGUAUUUUUGGAAAUGUCUCUGCCAUUAUCCAGAGGUUAUACUCGAGUACGGCCCGAUAUCAUGCUCAAAUGUUACGGGUCAGGGAGUUCAUUCGCUUCCAUCAGAUCCCCAACCCACUGAGGCAGCGACUGGAAGAGUACUUCCAACACUCCUGGGCCUACACCAAUGGCAUUGAUAUGAACACGGAGGUCUUAAAAGGUUUUCCUGAGUGCCUGCAGGCAGAUAUCUGCCUUCACCUCAACAAGAGUCUUCUUGAAGACUGCAAAGCGUUCCAAGGAGCCUCCAAAGGCUGCCUGAGGGCCUUGGCCAUGCACUUCAAAACCACUCAUGCCCCUCCUGGAGACACUCUGGUCCACAGUGGUGAUGUGCUCACCUCUCUCUACUUUCUGUCCCGCGGCUCCAUUGAGAUCCUGAAAGAUGACAUUGUGGUAGCCAUCCUGGGAAAAAAUGACAUCUUUGGAGAAAUGAUCUGUCUGUUGGCCAAGCCUGGGAAGUCCAAUGCUGAUGUGCGAGCUCUGAGUUACUGUGACCUGAGCACCAUUCAGAGAGAAGAUCUGCUAGAGGUGAUCGACAUGUACCCAGAGUUUGCCGACUAUUUCUUCAACAACCUUGAGCUUACCUUCAACCUCAGAAACGAGUCUCCAAAGCCCUCAAGCUGCCAAGGCGGUGAUUCAGAUGGCGAGGGCAGUAAGAGCAUUAAAAGAAGGAUCUCCUUCACACCGGAUGUAUCUAAAGGGGAAAGCAGGGAAGUGGUUAAAGACUUGAGUAGGGAGAGGGAGUCCAACUCGUGCCUAAAGAGGAGUUCAGAAGUCCUUUGUACCUCUCCACCCAACGCCCCAGUCCUGGAAUCAAAUCUCGUUGUCAGAGAAAACGUGGAGAGAAGACCAUCCUUUGAAGAUCUGUGCUGUGAUAAAUGGGCCUGUAAGAAACCUACGGACUACCUGGAUGAGUCAGCACAGUUCCAGGACCUGAGAGAGGACGAUAAUUCUACCAGCGAGAUCACGUAUGGAGAGGUGGAACAGCGCUUAGGUCAGCUUCAAGACCACUUAAACAGGCUGGAGUCUCAGCUGAUGACAGAUAUUCAGACCAUCCUGCAGCUGCUGCAAAGACAACCGACGCUGGGACCUCCAGCCUACAGCACUGUGACUGCCAGUCCAGACUAUCACAGACCUGCUGUAAAGGUUCAGCCGGUUGCACUGACUGCAAGCCAUUUUUUCAGCCAUACAGGAACUCAAGUAAGGAAAGAGGGCCCCAAGCACAAACUGGAGAGGACCAUUCAGGAAUCCAAAGACUCUCUGUCGAGCUUGGCCAACGUGAAUGCCCCCAUCGAGGGCAGCCUUACAGCGUUGCUUGUACAAAGACACACAGAGCCGCAACAACAGAUCACAGGGCAUCAACAGUCUGCACUGAUCCUUCUUCCAACUGAAACCUCUUCCACCUCCUCCUCUUCCUCCCCAGCCCCUUCUGACUCCAACCUGAACACCACUGGACUCAAACCUGUCUCAGACUCAGAGUUCCCAGGGCCAUAAACCUUCCAGCAGCACGGUGUUCUAAUAUCUGGGUUGGAUUGCUGUAAUUACUUUUUAAGUAGCGGCUUUUUAUUGGCAUGCUGGCACAGACAUCUGUAUUGUUCAUUUGCAUUGACUUGGUAAUAGUAGUAAGAUGUUUGUUUUUUUCAUUAUGCAUGUGGAUGAAAUACUGUUGCUGCAGUUAACAGUGUGUUCAACUGUUUACUGCAGUUAUCAGUGUAAUAACAAUGGUUACAUAUUGUAACAGUAGUUCUAUUAACACAGAAGCUCUCUGAUGGACUCUAGAAGGACAGAACUUCCCCAUUUACUAAGUCGCCAGCUUCCUAACUAAGUUCAACGUAAUCGGCAGGAAUGCUGGUUAAAGCAGAACUCCACCUGGUUGUGAUAGAACUAGCACUACAACACCUAAUUGACUUUCUUUUUCAACCAGCUUUGUUCUCUAAUGGGCUCUAAUGGACUCUGUACCACUGCUCGUGACUCAACAUGUUAUGUCCCAACACACAAUUGGUCACACUGGGCUAGACUGAGUGGGCAAGUGAGUCAGCCAUAGCGAACACCACAUGUACUGUAUCAAAUCGGGUUUUCACUUGAUUCGUGGACCCCAGAAAGAGAGAUAGAGAUGUUAAGCCAACUGCUCCUCGUCAUCCCCAGAUAUGGUUCCUGUAGGAGCUGAACAUGAUUGACAACACUCAGAGAGAGACCAAAAACAGGUAGAGACACUCAAAAAACACUCAAAGUCCUUCCUGGUCCUGCAGAGCAGGUAUGGGUGACAGCAGCACCACACAGAAAGUCUCACAACUUCUUUGAAAUCCUGAGCGUAGGCCAAGAAAAAGACAAAAGUAAGUCACCUGACGAACAAGGUGACAAAUGUCAGCCACCAAUCCUUCCUUACAAGUAAAAGCAAGGGAGGGGGGCAGUAAAAAGUCAAGCACCCAGAUCACCCAACUGUAUAGAGCAGAGAUCUGGGGUUCCAGGACAAACACUGCCAGGAGAGUUUUUGUCCAUCGACUGAUGGAAUUAGUUGAUGCCUUCCGCAUAGUCAACAGCAAUAAUUUAUUUGGACAAGUAUUUGUCAACAACCUUUUCAGGCCUUUUCCCACCCUUUCGUUUCUGUAGUCAGAAGAAGGAAAGGUUAUCUCCCGAUAAGCUGAGUGUCAAUGGAGAGCAGCUACUUUACCACUCACUGCCAAAGUGGCCCUAUGAGACAGGGAAAUGCAAUUGAUCGCUAAGCUUCCUGUACUCCAGUUAGUGUAAAUAAAGGAAGUAGAGAUGGAGACCUCGACUUAAAUUUGUAGUUGUUGGCGAGAGGUGGCCCACCUCUGUCACCAGGUCGUCCAAACAGUUUUCAAGUCCAACCUGAGACUUGGAAGCAAGGAAUGUGAGCCAAAUCUUUGGCCCUGUACUACUUUUGUGUCCUCAUUGCCAUCAUACAUGUACUGCAUGAUUACGUAAAGCACAAGAAGGGGACUUUGUCACAACAGGAAAAUGGUGACGUAGCCAUUCUUCCUCCAGCUGAAGCGUUGGCCUGGCACCUGACUCUGAGGCGCUGACAAGGCCAUAGGUCAGAACACAUACGGUGAAUUUCCUCUGCUGGGAUAGUGGCCACAUGAACACCCUCAACAGUCACUGAGGAACCUGGAAAGUCCUGUUAGAGCCUGUUUGAGUAUAAAGCCUGUGUGUGUUAAAACCUCUACCACUUAGAGGGCCUGUAUACGGUUUUCUGCAGCUAUUAGAGCAAUACAGCAUUAUUACAAAGGUGUGAGAACAGUUUUCUUUUCCUUAGUUGUAGGCCCGUCUUCUCUGAAGUGUGACUCAGGGGUUGUGGAAAAUUGCACUGCAAUAUAUAGCACAGUAUCAAGUAUACUGUCGUUUUCUUCUUAAAACAAUGUGCAUUAUUACUGUGCAACACUGACGUGCACCGACUGCACGACAUUAAGCCAACAGAACGCACCAUACAUGCUUGUCCAGGUAGUUAUCAUAACAUGCAGAUUUAAGUAGUCUGUAUUCUGCUGUUAUCUCAGAGCUAGGACUCUGACAAACAAGUAUGAUGUAGAUAUUUCUACAUGGCAGUGCAUGUGUUUUCUAUUUAUAUAUUUACUGUUUUGCACUGUUUAUGAGCCCAAAGUAGCACAUUACAAUAUAAAAUGAUGUCAGAGUAUUUGUCUCUUUUUAGGAUGCACUUAAAGAGUGGGUUGGGGGAGAGAGGGGAAGGGGAACACAUGGAAAGUUAGUACUUGCGCAUAAACAGGCCCCAGAGAGGGUUUUGUGCCUAUACAACCAAUCCAAAUGCUAAGUCAGCAUCUUCAUGUAUAACUAACCAUAACAUCAAUGAAGCAUAUCGUUUUCCUGUACUGUUUUUGUUGGCAAUGUACAUUCAAUUUAAAAUAUUGUUAGACAAUUGUUAGAAGAUAAAUACAUGACAUUGCAACUUGUUAUCUUUUUUUAAUAACUGAGUAAAUUAUAUGAGAAACUCAUUAGCAAAACAGUAGUAGAUAUGUUUGUUUUGAAGCUGUGGGAGCAAUAAAUGAAAACACACUU